UUCCUGCGGGCCUGGUCCGGCGGACGGCGUCUGCGGCGGGGCCGCUGGCUGGGAGCUGGUUUUGGAAAGGAAGAUGGAAAGUGGCGCGGUGCUGCUGGAAUCCAAGUCCUCGCCGCUGAACCUGCUGCACGAGAUGCACGAGCUGCGCCGCCUGGGCCACCUGUGCGACGUCACGGUCAGCGUGGAGUACCAGGGCGUCCGCAAAGACUUCAUGGCCCACAAGGCUGUGCUGGCGGCCACCAGCAAGUUCUUCAAAGAAAUGUUCCUUAACGAGAAGAGCGCCGACGGGGCCAGGACUAACGUGCACUUGAAUGAGGUGCAGGUCGUGGACUUUGCUUCGUUCCUCGAGUUUGUCUACACCGCCAAGGUGCAGGUGGAAGAAGACCGGGUGCAGCGGAUGCUGGAGACGGCCGAGAAACUGAAAUGUCUGGACUUGUCGGAAACGUGUUUUCAGCUCAAGAAGCAGAUGCUGGAGUCGGUGCUUUUGGAGCUGCAGAAUUUCUCAGAGUCCCAGGGGGCAGAGGCCAGUGGCGGCCCCCAAGUCGGAGUUGGCCCCGACCCCCGGGCAGGUGCACUGGGUAUGGACGGGGCUCACCCCAACGGCCUGGUGGAUCGUUCAGACUACCCAGGGGAGCAGAUGAGCAAUGGUGUGUCGCCAGGCACACCGCCGAGGAAGUCCAAGGAGAAAGCGGACAAGAAGAAGGAUGUGGCUAAGCCUCCCUACCCCAAAAUCAGAAGAGCCAGCGGGAGACUGGCCGGAAGAAAGGUCUUCGUGGAGAUCCCUAAAAAAAAAUACACGAGGAGGCUGCGAGAGCAAGAGACAGGUGCCGAGGGCAGCUCGGGAGACCCCGGGGCCGCCCAGGCCCAAGACCCAGAGAGCGCGGGGAUGGAGACCAGGCCCCUUACAAAAGUUGAGGGGGGUGGGGCUGGCAUGCAGGUGGCAGACCCCCUUCCAAAGGCAGCCGGGGAGGGGGAGGAGGAGGAGGAGGAGGAAAAGGAGGAAGAGGAGGAGGGGGGUGCGGCGGAGAAGAGGAGGAGCAACCUGAAGUGCGGCAUCUGUGAGAAGGCCUUCUUGUACGAGAAGAGCUUCCUGAAGCACAUCCGGCGGCACCACGGCGUGGCCAGCGAGGUGGUGUACCGCUGUGACACCUGCGGCCAGACCUUCGCCAACCGCUGCAACCUGCGCAGCCACCAGCGCCACGUGCACAGCAGCGAGCGGCGCUUCCCCUGCGAGCUGUGCGGCAAGAAGUUCAAGCGCUAGAAGGACGUGAAGCGGCACGCAGUACAGGUGCACGAGGGCGGCGGCGAGCGGCACCGCUGCGGCCAGUGCGGCAAGGGCCUGAGCUCCAAGACGGCGCUGCGGCUGCAUGAGCGCACGCACACCGGCGACAGGCCCUAAGGCUGCACCGAGUGCGGGGCGAAGUUCUCGCAGCCGUCAGCGCUCAAGACCCACAUGAGAAUCCACACCGGGGAAAAACCUUUCGUCUGUGAUGAGUGUGGCGCAAGAUUCACCCAGAACCACAUGCUGAUUUAUCACAAAAGGUGCCACACAGGUGAGAGGCCUUUCAUGUGUGAGACAUGCGGCAAGAGUUUUGCUUCGAAGGAGUACUUGAAACAUCACAACAGAAUCCACACUGGCUCGAAACCCUUUAAAUGUGAAGUGUGCUUCCGGACUUUUGCUCAGCGGAACUCCCUGUACCAGCACAUCAAGGUCCACACAGGGGAGCGCCCCUACUGUUGUGACCAGUGUAGGAAGCAGUUCACCCAGCUCAACGCCUUACAGCGCCAUCGGAUCCACAGGGGCGAGAAGCCGUUAAUGUGCAACGCUUGCGGGCGCACGUUCACGGACAAGUCCACUCUGCGGCGGCACACCUCUAUACACGAUAAGAAUACUCCAUGGAAGUCUUUCCUUGUCAUUGUAGAUGGCUCCCCCAAGAACGACGAGGGUCACAAGACAGAACAGCCGGAUGAAGAGUACGUGCCGCCCAAGCUUUCAGAUAAACUGCUGUCUUUUGCAGAAAGCAGCCACUUUCACGGCCUGGCCGCGGUGCCCGGCAGUGUCGCCCCCGCCCACGACGGCAAUGCCGCAGACACCGCCUGCAAGGCCGACGCCGCCGUGGUGUCCCAGGACGCCCUGCUGGCCACCACCCUCAGUGAGCUCAGCGAGCUGAGCCCGCAGGCGGACGCGAUGCCCGCCCAGCUGCACCCCUUGACCAGCAUGGAGUGAGCGGGAGCACGCGGGGCCUGGUGCCGGGCAGGACCCUCCGUGGGGCCCCAUGUGGUGGCAGCUGCAGCCCAGCGGGGCCUGGGGCCAAGAGACAGCCGUCCCUGUGCAAGGUGUGGGCAGGGACGGCCUCCAUCCAUCUCCCUUGGCCUCCGUCACCUUGCACGUCGUCAUCGCUGCGUUGUGAAAGCUUUCCCUUGAAAAUCCUGACCUGCAUGAUCUCAUGACGCGGUCACCGAGCAAGGCCACCCACGUGACCACCUGUAACCCCUGCGUGGGCUGUGUGUGAAUCCUCGGAGCGCCGGUGCUUCACCCUACCUUAGCUUCCUCGUGUGUUUACUUCUCGGAUAGUCUGAAG